AUGGAGUCCGCAAUCCAGUCUGUGCAUGAACAGGUGAGCCGCUCGCUUGAGGCACCGGCACCAGUGCCUGAGCUUAGCCGGGAUGUGUUUGAUCUCAAGUCCGAGCUUUGUGAGCAGCACCUACGCCAGGUUUUUGAGCUUGUUCGAAGUCUGUUGCCAGAAGGCCCAGCAUACUUUGGAAUGUUCGGUGCUGAGUCUCAGCAUUCCUCCCUCCUGGAGCUUUUCCGCAGCAUUGACCUCGACACAACAGAGCAUCAGGCUCAUAUUCGACAGCUUGUCGCACAGACAGGCAUAUCCAUCCAUCGAGUCCAUCCCGUGUUGGGAGUCCGGCCGAUUGAACACGCCAUCUUGCAUGGUCGACGGCGGAGCGUGCGUACAUUGAUGGCUUUGGGAGCAAGCAUUGCAAGUGAUGCUGAUCAUGUGCAGCUAUAUCAUGCAGCACUCCAAUAUGGCCUGGACGAGGUAGCCUCAGAGCUGUCUGCUUGGGCACGAUCGCCGGCCGCCAGGCUUGAGCUUUUCGCGUCAGCUCAUAGCGGAGACACACGACGUUGCGGCCUGCUAUUGCACAUGAAGGCCAAUGCCAAUUGGCGUGACGAGACAGGCAUGAGCGUAUUGGAGUGGGCAAUGACUUCAGACAACCGCGAAUGCGGUGUCGAAGAGAUGUUGCUGCCUCUCGCAGAUGACGCAGCAAAGCAGAGUGCUCUGCAAAUUUGCGCUCUGCACGGUUUGACGACGAGGCUGUACAUCCUGUUGGAUGCGAAGUGUGAUCCGAGCAGUCGCGAUGACGACGGUUGGACACCGCUGGAUUGGGCCAUUCUUCACGGCCAGGAGAUGUUUGCCUUGGAGCUUUUGCGCCUGGCUGGGCCGGCUGUCGCUCACGCCUGCCAUCGCUCAACGAAGGCUUUAGCCAGGGCUGCGCGGAAUCGACAUUUAUGGCAGCUUGCAGAACUGCUUGAGUUUGAGCCUUUGGCAACGGCGCAGGCGGCAUUCCGGAAGAUCCUGGAGGACGGCACCGAAGAGGGCCUGCUGGAACUCCUCCUGCAAGGCAACUUUCCUCUAAAUCCGCAAUCGGACUUUGGACAUCCCUUGGAUGCUUGUGUGGAGGGAGGUCGACCCGACUUGGCAUUGCAGCUUCUGCGUUGGCAAGCCCAGCCUUCACUGGCCAGUGGAGGUUCACUUAGUCUUCUUGCAAGGGCUCGUGCCAUGCCACAAAGGUCAGGUCACAUUGAGCUCGUGAACAUGCUGCUAAUUCUUCGCGAGAGAGAGAGCUUGUGA